AUGGAGCGCCCCGCUCCAUGGCGUCGGCGUGCCGCGCCAUUGGUGAUUCUGCUUCUUGCCAGCAGCCAAAUAUGGCAACAAGCAGCAGGCCAGCAACCUAUCAAGCGACACUCGUCAAAUUCGGGUGCUCCAUACAAUCCGAUCGCUUUUACGUACCCCUCAGAGACAGGAAACAAAGGUGCUGAAAUUAACGCCACCGAGGAAGCAGAACCGCAUGUACGGAAGGCAGGGACUUCUACGUCGCUAUUGGGUACACAAGACAGUGGAGCAAACCAUGUUGUAACUCCAGACAAUGCAGUAACUCCGCGCAGCUUGAGGGUGGCUGCACCAGCAAAUGCCGGAACAACGCCAAAGGGCGACUUAAGCUCCGCCACAUUGUUGAGCGCUCCACAGCAACCUUUCCCCGUUCUAAAGGCAGAAUCUUCAAGCGUAUACUCAGGCGAAGUUCCUGAUGGGGCAGAUUCUACCGAUCCUGUAAAUGGCAACCCUGCUGCAGUGUCUGCCAAUGUUGCUCAGUUCGUCACACUCACGUCUUUUAUAUUUUUGUCGGCCUGCGUGCUGCAAUUUAUUAUCUCGAAGGUCAACAACCGGAUACCGAUUUCAAUAGCAUGUUUCAUCUUCGGCAUGAUAACGUAUGGAUUCACAGUUCUGUUGGAGCCCUACGGUCGGAGUGAUCCGCUUUCGCUAUCGAUAAACGGCCUGAGACACAUCGACAGCUCUAUACUGUAUUACGCGGUGUUGCCGAUACUGCUUUAUGAGGCGACUCAGGAGAUCAACUGGUAUGCAUUUUGCAGCUUCUUCCUUGGAGGAGUCAGUCUCGCGAUCAUUGGGGUGGGUCAUAUUUUCAUUUGUGUAACGUUGCGCAGGUGGUUCUUCAGGUGUGCCUACUGGGCACGAUAUUCCACUAUGUGCUAA